AUGCAGGAACCAGCAUCCCUAGGUGCCACGCAGGCGCAACCCAAGCAUUUGGGGACCCGCCGACAUGCCUGCGAUCGAUGCCGUAGACAGAAGUUGAAGUGUGAUAUCACUAAGCCGUGCUCACUGUGCGUGCGCUCUGGCUUUGAUUGCUUGACAACAUCAGCACCAUUACGGAAGUCAAAACAAUCACAGAAAAUGAUGGCCGAAAGGCGCCGCAGUACCAACCAACCACGGUCUCACCCUCCUGCCCCAUCGACGACAAGUCCUCCCCUUUCUGAGCGACCCGAGCGACCCGUCAAUAGCCCCCAGGCUUCUCACAGCGCGGGCAGUUGCCGAGAUGGCAAUACUGAAUUUCUUCCCCGGCCGCAUAGGUAUGCGCAAGUAUCAGCAGUCGAGCUCACAGAUGAGAUUUUUCGAAUGCAUAAUACGGCGUCUAUGGUGUCACCGACCGAAACCAGCAAUACCUCCGCUCUCCCUGGGGGUGGAUCUCGCCCUGCUCGAGAUCUCGAUGAUCAAGUAAGUGAGAGAGGCGCUCCUCUUACUUCCCACUUCAACGGGCUGGUCAUUCCUUCCCGACAAAUAUGUGAUUUCUUUCUGCAAUCAUAUUGGAAAUCAGUGCACUGGUUCAUGAUGAUUUUUCAUCGAUCUUCUUUGGAAAAACAAUAUGAGGAUAUCAUAGGCAAACAAGAAGUCACACCUCAACAAAAUGGUAUGGCAGUGCUGCUUUUGAUGGUACUAGCCCUGGGUGCAAGGUAUACUUCGGAGGAACAGGGAUCACAGAUUGGCCUCACUGAACAAGAAAGAUUCUUGUUGCAAAACAAUAUGAUGACUCAGGUUCGAGCGCACUUUUUCGAGAUUCUGGACGCAGGAGGGUUAGAGUGUGUUCAAUGUUGCAUCUUGUUGAGCACAUUUGACCUUUACAAUGGCAAACCCAAUUUGGCGCUGCCAGUUCUUGGCGCAGGAAUCGGUAGCGCGCAAGCGCAAGGCUUACACAAAGAGUCCCUUUGGGGCCCUGCCCCGGAGGCUGUUCUCGAAGAUCGCAAACGAACUUGGUGGGCGUUAUAUGUGCUCGACAGGUUCGCCUCAAUAACUUAUGGACGUCCGUCAUCUAUAGUUGAUGCUCAUUGCUCGGUUAGCAUGCCACGAGAUAUGGAGGAUACGCAGGUCGUUCAUCCAUUACUGAACUCAUUAGAGUACUCGGAAACAAAUCACCCAGCACGCGUGACAUUGGGCACAUAUCAACGCUACAAAUUUGAGCUGUACACCAUUGCCUCUCCGAUAAUUGGCAGCAUAUAUAACCUCGAUUCCCCAAAAUCAGGUGAUGUGAGGCACCAAGCUGCAGUUAUCAACACCAAGCUGGUAGAUUGGUUUGAAAGGCUCCCGGCGGAGCUGAGGCUGAAAAACAAUUCUAAAAUGCACAUUGACAACUUGUCGAGCACCGAGCUUGAAGUGUACCGACAUUUCGAGUUACAGGCAUUAGUACUCCAGUUGGCGUAUGACAAUAUUCAAAUCGUCCUGCAUCGCCCUUUCCUACGGUAUACUGGUCAGUUGAUUAUGGGGCCCAACCCUCACAGCACCGAGAAUCGACCGACUAGUUUUGAUCAAUGCAAACAUUGUGCUCGCCGCACGUGCAGCAUCUUGCCACGAUAUGCACCAGUUCUCCUUGCCGCCAAAAAUACCCACGCAGUAGCAUACAUUGCAAUGCAAAAUUUCACUGCUGGGGUAACUCUUGGUAUGGUGGCAUUGUCAGAUCCAGGUUCUGCACAAUCGCAAGAUGCAAAGAAAGGGGUUGCAAAUUCCAUUUCACUACAGAAAAAUCUUGCUGCGUCAUCUAUCGUUCCAUCACAGACAGUAAAAGUGCUUGAGGGACUUCUCCAUCUUAUUUUUCAGCGAGAAAUGCAAGUAUUGCUAGACGGCCCGCCUUUUGAUAUGACCGCUGUGUAUAGCCCCAACCCCGAAAGGGACUUGGCAGCCAGCAUCGCACAAGAGGGUCAUGUCCCUGAUAUGGUCGGUCGCCCGGAGGAUGAGAGAUUUGACUCAGUGCAGUUGUCCCGCGGCCGAGAUAAUACAGAUUAUCCUCCAGAACAUCUAAAUGCUGGAGGUAGACUCCAAGUCGCGUCUGAAAUCGAGACAACAACAGGGCCGGGCAUUGGUGCCUACGCGGAUUCCGUGUUGCCUCUCUAUGCUGGUGUCGAUCAAGCGCUUGAUUCGGUACAACAGGUUCUUUGGGAGUGUUCGGAUCCUAUGACGAAUUUAGGCAACGGUAGACCGGCAGAUGACGAAGGCUGGGGAGACCAGGGACCUUCAGCUGGAAACCUACAGCGUUCCAAUGAUGAGGUGCCUUUCAGCUCGCAGAUUCCGUCACUGGAACCUGUUCCCGAGGGUUUAAACGUCUUGAAUUUAUCACUUCCUGGCCAGAGCUGGGUGUGGAAUUGGACCAAUAUGCCCUGA